AUGCCUCAUAGAAGAAUAAUUCCAGGUAAUAAAAUACCGUUAUCUCAGAGUUCUAAGAGAAAUGUGGAGAGUUGUCCCAAUAGUUUUUUAGCCACUAGCGAUUGCAAAGAAAAGGAAUUUUUGAGACACAAGAGGAACCGUAAGCUUGAAAGUUCACCUAUCUUGGAAAUUUGCAAGGAGGAGGCCCCUGUAUUGCAGUCAAUGGUAAACCCUCCAAAAUCGCAUUCUGCAGCCAAUACGCCAGAUAAUUUCCUCCAGAUGAAAGAAAAUCAACAGGCUUCAUCAGCGGGGGUUAAAAGAUAUGCUCAAGGUAAUCCAAAUGAUAGUGCGGUACAGCAAUACACCUUAAUGACGUAUUCCAGUGGUCAAAUGGUGAAUUCUCUAUACCCUAAUUAUAAUGUUAGUGUGCCUUUUUUUUCUCAUUAUUCGAAUUAUUCUAUUCAUAAUCUUCCCGGAAUAAAUGGAAAUGCACUAAAUUUCAAUAAACUCGAUAACUCAAAUCACGUAUUAGAAGGACAAAGUUUUCCUACUUUUUUCAAUCCGAGGACAGCAACAAAUAUGCCACACAAAGAAAAAGUCAAUAGCUGGAUUGAAAAUAUUCCUGUGUAUGAGAUAGAGGAAGGCCUUUGGGAAUCCGAAUGUUAUGACAUGGAAUACUCGUUGAACUGGGAAGAAGAUGAGUUCGAGAAUCCAGAAUUCUACCGAACAAGCACCAUAUCUUAUGCAAUGAAUGACGAAGUGCUAUUUCUGCAAGCCAAAAAAUUUGAGACGUUGGUAAGGAAGUUAUAUGAAUCAGAAAGGGAAGCAAGACAAUUCGAUAAAGAUUUCCCUCUGGACGCCACAUCAAUAACAGACUAUAUAUAA